AUUUGAAUCGAAUCAAUAUGUGUACGAUUUGCGACUCGCGACUUUUUUCGACGUCUCAGGUCGGGCAGAAAGAGAAGCGCCUGCACGUGAAUCAACGCGUUCAGUUACAACCCGACCCCAAAGCUAUCAAGGUCUAGUCAAGUAUUCCAUUCCAUUUCUGAUAAUUGCCUGACAAUCAUUCUCGGUAGUUGAUGCGCUUCGUAAGUUCAAGUGCUUGGACGGAUUAUAAAUAAGUUGUUGUGUGUGCGAAUAAAAGAAAACAGAGCGAAAAUGUCUCGCAUUUCGUAUGAAGAAUUCCUGACCCAACGAGCUGAGUUUGUCAAGCAGGAAGAAAACCGUGCUCUCGGCGCGGAAGUGGUGCUGACCGAAGACGAACAGAAGGUCAACGAGUAUGUGAUGACACUGAAAAAGGCCGAAUUGGAGGAGGGAUUUAAAUCGCCCAUUAAGUUUGCCCCGUCCCGACACUUCUUCAAGGUGUUGGAUCAAAUCAAAAACUCACCGCUCUUUCAGCUUAUUCAGAAGAUGCCGAAGGGUGGAAUUCUUCACGCCCACGAUACGGCCAUCGGCAGUAUGGAGCCUGUUAUCAAAGCUACUUAUCAGAAGUUCCUUUGGCAGAAUGGAGAAUUUGGACAAACGAGUCCACCGCAUUUUAAAUUUUCGAAAACGCAGCCUGAACCUUUGGACGGCGUUGAAUGGCGAUCGGUAGCCGAUGUGCGAAAAGAGCUCGGCAAUGAAGGCUUCGAUCAGAACCUUCGAGAUCUGUUGUCGCUAUUUGUACCAGACCCCGAAGUGGCAUACCCUUGCAUAAACCAUGCUUGGGGUAGGUUCUUCAGCAUGUUCAUCUCUUUGGAGCCAAUCAUCACCUACAAACCGGUUUGGGAAGAGUAUUAUACCAACACACUGAAGGAACUGCUUGCAGAUAACGUGACUUAUCUCGAGUUUCGGGGUGUUCUUCCACCAGUGUACGAUUUGGAGGGCAAGAUCUACUCACCGGAAGAAAUCGUUCAAAUCUACUACGAUCUCACAGAGGCGUUCAAAAAAGAGCAUCCCAACUUUGUGGGGGUAAAAUUCAUCUACGCUCCGAUUCGCGCAGGUGACGAUGCCACAAUCGAUGGGUAUUUGUUGGAAGCGGAAAAUUUACACAAAAAAUUCCCCACCUUUUUGGCCGGGUUCGAUUUAGUCGGCCAAGAGGAUCUGGGUCGACCACUGACGGAUUUCAAUGAGCGACUGUUGAAACUGAGUUCGACGCUACAGUUCUUUUUCCACGCGGGGGAAACCAACUGGAACGGAUCUACCACUGACGACAAUUUGAUUGACGCCAUCCUGCUGGGAACGAAACGCAUCGGUCAUGGAUUUGCCGCCGUCAAGCACCCGCGCGUGCUGGAGGAAAUCAAGAAACGCAACAUCUGUAUCGAAUUGAACCCCAUCUCCAACCAGGUUUUGAAACUGGUAGACGACUGCCGCAACCACGUGGGAGCGAUUUACUUUUCGGACAACUAUCCGGUGGUGGUUUCGUCGGAUGAUCCCGCAUUCUGGUGUGCCUCGCCACUGUCGCACGACUUCUACGUGGCCUUCCUGGGGUUGGCGUCGGCUCGGCAAGACCUGCGGUUGCUGAAGAAGCUGGCACUGAAUUCUUUCGAGUACAGCGGAAUGUCGAAGGCGGAGAAGGUGGAAGCUAAACACAAGUGGAACGUUGCCUGGAAUCAUUUUAUCGAUGAAACGCUCAAGACCAUCGCGCAAUGAAUGCGAUUGGACAUCUUUCAAAACAGUAUUUUUAGGUCUUGUGGAAAGCCAUUCAUCAGUUCAGGCAUCGUGGACAUCUGAAUGGACACCGCUUUGUUGCGUGCACCCUGAAUUCAAUGUUAUCUCGAGCCGAAAUAUCAAACAGGGGCAUUAUCAAGGGGGCAAUAAAUGAUGGCAUUGCCAUGGCAAUGAA